CCCUGUGCAUCAACGGUUGUACCUUUGAAGCAGAAACAGAGCCGGUGUACAUCCCACCCAAGCCACAGGUGAUCAUUACCCACCCAGAAAUGAAAGUUGCAUUUUAGGGUUUUGCCAGGGUGACUAUAUUAUAUAUAUGAAAGCAGGAGUCCGGAGCCGCAGCCGAUAGAGAUAAUACGCAAAAUUGAUCAGAGUUUCUUUUUUUUUUUUUUUAAUUUUCUGGAAAAUUAAGAAAGAACUGAGAAAUGGCGCUAAGGCAUUUUGAGAGGAUGUCGUUUGAUUUUAUCCACGAGAAUCCCGAUCUUGAAGACGAACUUGAGCAAUGGGGCAAGAUGCCGGAGCCCAGUACGGAGGAUCAUCUGUUUAUGUUGCGGGUGACGACGUACGAUCGAGUUGCUGAGAGGUUGAAGAAAGCUGCUUUGGAGCUGAAGAAAAGUAUUGUGGCUGAGACUUGGGGUUCUUCUGGUCAAAAUGUUGCUGAUUUCAGUCUUUAUUCUGGAGCUCUUGGCACUGCCUUCUUGCUUUGGAAGUCAUUUCAAGUCACCAACGAUGCAGAGGACCUCUGUCUCUGCUCUGAGAUCGUCCGGGCUUGUGACUCUGCCUCUCUUGGUUCCAGGGAUGUUUCAUUCAUUUGUGGGAGAGCCGGGGUGUGUGCCCUUGGUUCUGUUGUGGCGAAAUCGAUGGGAGACAAUGACCUGAUGGAUUGCUAUGUAAUCAAGUUGAAAGAGGCACCUGUUAUUGACAAAAUCUUCAGCAAUGGCCGAAAGUUGGGAAGAAAAGGUGGAAGUCCAUUAAUGUUCCAGUGGAACGGCAAGAAUCACUGGGGUGCUGCUCAUGGAUUGGCUGGUAUCAUGCAUGUCUUGAUGCACUUCAAUCUGCAGGAAAAUCAGCAAAAGGAGGUCAAGGAAACACUUCUUUACAUGAUAAAGAAGCGCCUUCCCAGUGGAACCUACCCUCUAUGUGAAGAAGAGAAGGGUGACUUGCUUGUGCAUUGGUGUCAUGGAGCCCCUGGAGUUGCACUCACUCUUGUCAAGGCCGCUGAGUUUUUUGGUGAUAAAGUUUUUGCAAAAGCGGCUGUUGAUGCAGGGAAGGUGGUGUGGGAGCGUGGACUGCUCGAGCAUGUAGGGAUCUGUCAUGGCAUAAGUGGAAAUGCCUAUGUCUUUCAUGCUCUCUAUCGGCUCACUGGGAGUCCUGAGUUUCGGUUCAAGGCCAAAUCAUUUGCAUGCUUUUUGCUCGACAGAGGUCAGAAGCUGUUGGCAGAAGGGGAGGUGCGAGGAGGAGAUCAUCCCUUCUCACUCUUUGAAGGAAUUGGAGGCAUGGCGUAUCUUUUCCUUGACAUGGUCCAACCAGCUACUGCUAAAAUUCCAGCUUAUGAAGUGUAACGCUCUGGAUGAGUGCUUCAUAGAAAAUAAACUUUAUGUCCUAUGGAUAUUUUGGAAGUCAUCAAGACUUUCUUUAGUUUCUGAUGACUGUAGGCUGAUGACUAUAGUCUUCAACCCUUGAUUUACUUGGUUAAGAUGUAAUGCUAAUCGCAUCUUCAGGUUGACUUUUGUUUAGAUCUCGUGCUGAUCUGGUGGCUUGCUUCCCUGAUACAGUUAACUCCGUA